UAUUGGCGCCAAUGUUAUGAACAACAAACUUUGUACGCCACCAAUCCAUCGAUACAUAAUGAUGAUGACGACAUUACCGCUGUUGUGAUAUGCCAGAUUUCUGCAACACUGAACACAGAAAUGUUGGAAGACAAGAUUGAGUGUGACAAGGCCAACAAGGCAGGGGUUGGCUCUCCGCAGAGCUCCAUACUUGAUUUUUUCGUUUCUCCAAACAAAAGUAGUGCAGGCAAAAAGCAGAAGGAAAAAUGUGCGCCCACAAAUUUACAAGAGUCUUCCGAGAAAGUUGAGGCUGUGGAAAAGCUGGAGACAGAAGAUGCUAUUAAAGGUCAAGGUCAUGACAGCAAUGAUAAUUUGACUGCUGUGGCAAAUGAAAGUUGUGAGAGUGUUAUUUUGCUGAGUGAUGAAUCGAACUCUCAGUGCAAUGGCCAUGUCACACAGGCAGAUUUGUUGAAUCUGUCGGGUGUUUCAAACAGAAAGAGGAGUAAAAGGGAUGGAAAGAGUGAGAAGAAAAGUAAAACCAAGGCUUCAGACAGUGUGGAAGGUGAAAAGUCAGAGAAAGGCAACAAAAAGAAAUCAAGCAAAAAGUUCACAUUACAGAAACAGAAGUCAGUGGAAACAAAAACUGAGGAUGUGACUUCCUUGGUACCUGUGGUCGAUGAGACAAAAAACAAAAUGGUCAAUUCAGAGUCGAAAAUUAUAGACAAUUCAGAGUCGAACAUUAUAGACGAUUCAGAGUUGAAAGUUAUAGACGAAGGACAGACUUCUAAGAAAAGGAAACGUAAUGACAGCGAUGGUGCUGAAAGGAAGCGGAACAGGACUAGUGAAUCAACAGAUGUGCCAGCUGAUCAGUGCCCAGCGACGGAGAUGUCUUACGAGGCCUUUAUCCAAUCACUGACCCCCCGAGGAUGUGCAGACAACACAGGGAAGGAGGAUGUAUCAUGCAAGGAUGAGAAGGGGGAUUUAUCGAAAAUGGCCACGGAGCGAGAUGCAUCACAUGACGAGGAAGACGUUCAGAUCUUCACAGCCAGGCAGGAAGAUCCACCCAAGGAAGUUGCUAAUGCUAACAAAUUGAAAGAUUCAAAGAAGAAAAAGUCUGCCAAAGCUUCAUUAUUCAAGGAGGGUUCUGAGACAGAUAUUCCGCCGCCAGAAAGACGACUCAAGUGGAGAUGAUGGAGAGAAGAAGAAGACUCCAUCCAUACUUAAUUUCUUUGCCAAAGUAAAUACAGAUAAGAACUCUGAGCAUCAAGUCGUGACAGUAAUGGCUGACGUGCACCACGAACCGCUAAAGGAGAAAAGUAUCUCAAAGAAAUCUCCUGAGAACCAGUCAAUUGCUUCACCGAUAGUGUUAUCCCCCAAAUCUCCCGGUGUUGUCAAGCUGGAUGAAGAUAUUGAGAUGCUGAGUUCAGAAACAGUGGAAGAGGUAUCCACCACUAAAA